AUAGGGGCAGCCUUGCUACAAAAUCAUUCCAGCGAAGGAGAAAAUUGUAAACACAACCAGCUGAUCAUGGAGCGAAGAUCGGAAAGAACGACGUUCCGAUUCUGCCCUCAGUGCGGCGCAAAGCUGCAGUCUAGUUUUAAAUUUUGUCCUUCAUGUGGGGAGAAAAUUCCUUGUGCCAGCGAUGCAUCAGCACUUGAGGCCAUCAAACCGUCUCCAAAUUUCCCUCCCCCUAAAGGGGAUGAAGCCAUUAGCCAAGCGUCCAACAUAUGUUACGAGGCCACAGACGUGCACGAAAGUGUCAUUUCUCCACGCCCUGUACGUAAGACUCGUAACGCCCUCCGCCUGGACAGGGAAGUCAAAUUAAAUGUAAAAGAAGAUCCACCUCCAGUGGCACAAGAAAACAACACGUCUUCACCAAAGCAAACUCCAGUCAAACGUGUAAAGAAGUCAACAGCUGCUGAGGCCUCCCCCUCACCCAUCUUGAAAUCCCCCAGACCUGGAAGGGGCAGAGGAACGCUCUUGCAGCCUGCGGAAGAAGGGGAGAUGACAAAUGUAACCAUGAGGACCGCAGCGGAAUCCACUGUGGACGGCCCGCCAGUCGUUUCUCCACUUUCCUCACCAACCUCUAAAUCUCCGUCCAAAGGCAGAGGACAGAACAAAGCCAAAAAGGUGGCCGCCGUGGAGCGACUGGAGGACGGCAAGGAGCUAAUGGACACCACGGGCAGGAAGUGGACGCUGGUCAAGCUGCUCAGUCAGAUCCCAACAGAGCUCCUGUAUGAAGUUGUGCCCAAAGGCUCAACGACCUCCUCGAAGGAAUCCGCUUAUAUCCUUAAAUUGGGUGCCGUACGAGGAAGAAUCUACAAGGAGCAGAACUUCCUGCAGAGGGCUGCAAAGCCUUCAUAUGUGAACAAGUGGAUCAGACAACACGGCUUGGACUUCCUUGGAAUUCCUUCCUGCGUCAGCUUCGGUCACACAGAUUCUUACAGGUUCUUGGUUUUUCCCGCCAUGGGCCAGUCGCUUCACUCCAUCAUGGACAACAAUCAUCUUCCCGAGAAGACGGUCAUCCAUCUUGCCUGCAGAAUAUUGGAUGUACUGCACUACAUCCAUUCCAACGAGUACGUGCACGCGGACAUCAACGCUGAAAACAUCUACAUCCAAGCGGGAUACCCCACGCAGAUAUUUUUAGUGGGAUACUAUCACACCUCGCGCUACUGUCCCGGUGGACGCCACGUGGUACAUCGCCAAGGCUUCCAAGAGCCACACGAAGGAUCGCUGGAAUUCAUCAGCAUUGAUUCUCAUGCCGGAGCAGCGCCGUCACGGCGCAGUGACCUGCAGUCUCUGGCCUACUGCAUGCUGCAGUGGCACACGGGCAAGCUGCCGUGGAGCGCUCUCACUGAUCCCGACCAGGUUUCUUGCCUCAAACAGAGAUACUUAGACGACGUUCCAGCACUGUUGAGUUACUGUUUCGGAAAGAAUAAAGUUUCGAGUACAUUUCAGAGCUACGUGAGCUCGGUGGCCAAUCUGCAGUACACGGAUCAGCCGGACUACUCGGAACUGAAAGCCACGCUCGCCAUAGCUUUGUCGCAUAUGGGGGGCUCAGUGAAAAGCGCCCUCACGUUUUAGCAAAGAAUGUAAAGGAGGACACAAUGUGAAUUGCAAAUAUUUCACAAUGCCGUGAAGACUGACUGCGGAUAUAAAAUAAGGGUUUUAAUUCUCACUUCAGUGUUUAUUUUUAUAGUUUUUAUUGAUUUAAUGCAGCUGCUAGUGAAACUAGUGUCAUGAUUGGAUGUAUAAUUAAAUUGCAGCCUUUUACCUUAAAGCAGGGGUCGGGAACCUUUUUGGCGGACAGUCAUAAAUGCCCAUUUUUUAAAAAUAGUUUCCUGUGAGAGCCAUACCAUUAAAAAAGGAUGGGCUAACUACAAUUAAAUGCAUGUAUUUUAAUAAGACCAACGAUUUUUGACUGAGAUUGGUUGAUAUGACGCAACCGUGGAUUUCAGACGUGAUCAUAUUUUAUAUUUUGAAAGCUAAUUUAAUAUUUUGAUUUCAGUAGAUCUAUUUUUUACUUUGAUAAUGUAACAAAAUUAUUUAUGACUUCAAACAAACGCAGUCACCAAAAGAGCCAUAUAUGGCUCGCGAGCCAUAGGUUCCCGACCCCUGCUUUAAAUUAUAUGCAGGAAUAUGCUCAUAUAUAUCAUAUUCGUAUUGAAAUAUGGUGUCUGCAUAUAACAUGACAGGCAAGUUUGUUUUUUUAAUUGGAUCUUUCUGAGCUGUUGUUUUUCACAGAAUGUGUUAUUUAAUGUUUCAAUUGUGAUUUUAAUGCUCUUUGUAGUUUGCAUAUUCACAUUUGAUGCACUGGUUUUGAUAGUUUGCUUUUUUUUCUUAAAUGUUGCGUUGUCUACAAACGCU